AUGAAAACUUUGAAAAAUCUUUCUGACCGAACUGUCGAAGAGAAAAACGUCAAAAAUUUUAAUUUAAACCUAAAUUCACCCCCUCUUUAUCAAACCCCUUUCACACACACACACACACACAAUCACAGAACAAACCAAUUGUUCCUCUCUCCUUCAACGAGCUUCUCCGUCACACGAGCUGCUUCUUCUUCUUUCCUCACUCACAGCGCCACCGCCGCCACCCUAACCACCGCAGCUACCUUGUUCAGUAGAACACAGCCCCUGUCUCUCUCGUUCUUUCUCGUUCGCAGAACAAAUCAAGCUCAAGCUCCUGUUCUCUUCGUCUCAGGUGAGCUCCAGCACGCCGGCGCCACCUGUAGCAGCGUCUGUCCCCACCACCGCCGCGCCUCUCUCUCUCCUUUUAUCCCCACUCAAUUCUGGCUCGCAUAUCUUCUCAGCGCCGCAGCCAUCAUCUCCUCCAGUCAAUGCUUCCAGUGUGAUAGUGAUCCUUCUACUUGGAGCUACAUCAAUGAUCAUGUUCAUUUUCAUAUAGGACAGUGGUAUGCUUCACUUGGGAUAUAUGAUGUGGCUGUCAAGCAUAUGAUGGAAAUCUUGGCCUGCAGUCACCAGUCCAAGGCAACACAGGAAUUAUUCCUUAGUGACUUUCUUCAAACUGUGAAGGUUGGGGAUGUAGGACACAUUCUUGAUUUGAUGGCUGUGGUUUUAGAGAAUAUUUCUAUUUCUACCCUCCUAGCCAGAACAACAAUUUCUGCUGUCUAUCAAACCGCAAAAUUAAUCAGUUAUGUCCCUAAUGUGUCAUAUCAGAAGAAGUUGGACCAGAAAACAAAGAUGGCUAUGAAGGUACAGAGUAAUAGCUUCCACAUUCAGCAUGAUAGUUUCUCUGAAGUAGAACACUUAAAUGGAAAACUGCUAGAAGGAAACACGGUUGCAAGAGUUACUGGGGAUAAAAAUGAUGUUCAUCCAUAUCGUGGUUAUAGCUUUACUCGUGCACUAACUGAUGGAAAAGAGGAUUUAGGUUCUCUUAGAUUGAGCAGUCACCAAGUGAGUCUGUUGCUUUCUUCCAUCUGGGUUCAAGCAACCUCUGUAGAAAAUAGCCCUGCAAAUUUUGAGGCAAUGGCACACACUUUUAGCAUCUCUUUAUUGUUUACUCGUUCUAAGGUUCUGAUUUUGAGUGAAAAUUUUUGGAUUUUGAGCUCGGCAGUGGCACAUGGUUGGGCUCCACCAGAGAUGGAAGGGUGGCUUUCCUCACCAAUUUCAGGGAACUUGAAAACCUUUCGGAACCCAAGACCAGGGGAGACUUUCCCCUCCGAUUCCUUCAGGGAUGUGAGAGGGAGGUUGCUGAGGCUGGGAAGCAAUCCGAUGAGUUCUUGCAGGAGUGUCUCCUGUAAUUAUCGUGGGCUCUUGUUCACUCAAAAUGAUCGCAAGAUGUACAACGUGGGAUAGCAAUGCUUGAAGGUGGCUCCAAAUUUUCCUACCUUUUGAUUGACUGAACAAAAAUUGAUGAGAAGGAAGGUACAAGCUUUUCUUGUUUGAGGUUACUUGCUUGUUAGAGUUACUUGCUUGUUUGAGGUUACUUGCUAAGAUUAAAACCUCACUAUCUUUCACUUAAAAUUUCUGAAGGUUUUGAUAAAUUUUACCACCAAUAGAAGCAAUUUCAAUUUCCCUGUUAAUUGUGUUGUUAUUGUUGUUGGAGGAACAUGCUUGAGAGAUUGUCUCGCUUCAGUAUUGUUAUGCUUGCCAUGUGUUUGAUGAAUUUUCUGAGAGAGAUGGAAAAGAGCGGAACUUGUUUUCUGUGCUUCCUUUUCCCAAUUCACAAGAUUUAGGUUGGAUCAUACCAUGCCUCUUCUUUACUGGUGGCAUCCAGACCUCCAACUCCUGGAGUUCUGAGGAAUUGGUUUGGAAGGUCUUACAAGUGUCUUGGCUGGUCUCUGGGGAACUGGAACUGGGUCGACAACUAUAACUGAAAAUGUCCACACAAUUGCUGUGACUAAAAUGGGAAGCCGCAGGGCAGUUCAACUGGGAGCUUGCUUUUUAAUAGUGUUGUCUCUUGUGGAACUUCUUUUCAUGCAAUCUGUGUUUACCUAUGCUUAUGCUAUACAACAGGUAAGGUUGGAGGUUUCAUUGCUUCACACUCUAAAUUAUAGUAACUAGAUCUCUUUCUCUGUAUGUUUCCUUCACUUUUCCAGUUUAGGAAAGACCCAUCCUUACAGUUGCAUCAUUACAACUAGUUCUCCUGGAAUUUGGUGAAUCUCGUGAAACGUUGACAAAAUGUUAUGCCACUAAAUGAAUGCUACAUUUAUUUGGUUUUGUUCAUAUGCAUGGUUGUUCUGUUAGCAUGGUUUUGAUGAUAAGCUUGAUAGAGAUUGUAUUUUAGUAUUUUACUCUCUCUGUGAUCUUUUGGUUUAUUUGCUCUCAUUCCCUAAGAAUUGGAUCUCACUCAAUCUGACAAAUAACUUGUAUGCAUGUUUGUUUUUAUGCAUUAUGUGCAUGACCAUGAUUGAAGAGCAUGCAAGCAUGCAAGCAUCUCUCUUAAAUGGAACUGCAUAUGCUCAGUCCAAUGCAAACAAAUCAAAGAAGAAGAACUAGAUGAACAAAUACUUUCAAGUUUCAGCCACAUAAGAGUCUACCAUGGAGUGAAGAAUCAUGUAACUCAGAUUAGAUUGGAGAGUUUAAACUUUAAAGAGAGCAUGAGGAAAUAGUUUUAUAAUUUAGGCUGAAAGUCCUGCCCUUCUCUGUUGUAGUUUAAAAGAAAUUUUGGGGUAUUUUUUUAUCGAGAUAGUGAGAUAUUGAAUAAUGGUGUUGAAAAAUAACAUCCAAUUUUAUAGGUAUCAUGUAAUGAAUAUUAUGUUUAUCUAUGUGAUUUUUGGCUUUCUUUUUUU